AUGGAUAAUGGAGGCACUUGUGUUAUGGAUGUGUCGCCUGGUGGUACGCACACUUGGAUACCUGAAUGUGACGCAAGCUUGAACCCAUUUGAAGGACAGGAAUUCGACACAAUGGAAGAUGGGAUCACGUUCUAUACGACGUACGCUGGCAUAGUUGGAUUUGAUGUGCGUCGCAGUUCCGAUAAAAGAAACAGAUUCGGCCAAAUUAAGAAAAAACAAGUGGUAUGUUCACGGGAAGGGUUUAAAGAGACAAAAAAUAAAGAGACAAUCGAGGAAGAAACAACAAAACAGAAGCGCCGGAGGACGACGAACAGAGUAGGAUGCCCUGCUAGACUUGUAUUGACGUUGAAUAAAGAGGGGAAGUAUGUAGUAAAGACAUUUGUAGACAGACACACACACGUCCUGUGCGAGGAGAAAUACAAAAGAUUCAUGAAAGUGAAUAGGAAAAUAGACAUCGGACAUCAGGAAUUCAUAACAAACUGCGGAAAGGUAAACGUUGGGGCUAGCAAGAGUUUUGAUAUAUAUGCCGAAAUGGUUGGUGGGCCCGAGAAUGUUGGAGCUACGCAACAAGACUUCAAGAAUUACAGGCGAGAGCUUUUGGCGUACAUGAAAGAGAAAGAUAUACAGAUGGUGAUAUCCCAAUACGUAGAGAAGAAAAAUGAUUGCGUAGAUAUGUAUUUUGAGUACGAUGUGAACGAGAAAGACCAAUUAGCUCGGGUGUUUUGGGCGGAUAGGCGGGCAAGACUGCACUAUGGGGCUUUUGGAGAUGUGGUGUCAUUCGACGCAACAUACAAAACUAACAGGUACAAUCUCGUGUUUGUCCCAUUCACAGGUAUAGACAACCAUAAGAGAUGCGUGACAUUUGCUGCGGGACUAAUUGAUAAAGAGGACGUGGAAUCGUAUAGUUGGAUCCUUAGAAACUUCAAGAAUGCUAUGGGAAGUACACCACCUAUCGUAAUAACUGAUCAAGAUCCAGCUAUGAAUGUUGCGAUUGAAACGGAAUUCCCGGGGACUCGUCACCGUUACUGUAUGUGGCAUAUUAUGACUAAGGUGGGUGACAAAGUUGGUAAUACAUUAGCGAAGAACGAGGAGUUUCGGCGUGCGUUGAAUGCCGUUGUGUGGAACGAGGAAUCAACGACCAUAGGAUUUGAGAGCGCAUGGAAUGAAGUUAUUCAGAAGUAUGGCCUACUGGAGAAUCGUUGGUUGAAACGUAUGUAUGAUGAGCGUGCAUCAUGGGUGCCUCCGUUUUUUGAAGAUGUGUUUAUGGGGGGCCUAUUGCGUACCACUUCACGUUCAGAAGCUGAGAACAGAAUUUUUCAGAGUAAUACUAAUAAGCAUUUAUGUCUUGUUGAAUUCUUCAAACGUUUUGAAAGUGCAGUUCGGAAACAACGCGACAAGCAUCUGGAACUUAGCGCAGCUUGCACCGGGCAAACACCACCUCUCAAGACCCUCCUGCGCAUAGAGCGAGAAGCAGCAACGGUGUACACAUUGACUGUGUUCUCUGAUGUACAAAAAGAAAUAUGUGAGGUUGGUCUACAUGCCGGGUGA